AUGAAUGGCUGUUUUUCUAAAGCAAUGCCCAUCGACCCAUUGAGCAAGUGUCUCUUCAAGGAUAUUCUAGCCCGCCUCGUUUUCCAUGCUGGGUCGUUAGACGAACAGGACACUGUAUUUAUUUCCUGUUUGUGGAUUUAUUUCUCGGGGUUUGAAAACGAAUGUUUUUGGAGUACUUGAUGUACCCAAGAUGUAAUGUGCUUCUAAUUUAUGCAGUUGAAUUAAAGUUUGGGUGUGUCGUUUCUGUAAAGAGAGAACACAAUCAUAAUUAUGCACAUGUCAGAAGUUAACUUCUCUCACGGAUAAAAGUAGGAACAUUGGAUAACAAGGAGCAGUGUGCAGGUUAUUAAUACAUCGCCCCUACUGCAGUGUAAGCGGCUUGCUUCCUGAUCUUAAAAAGCGUGAGGAUCGCUGUAAGACGUGGAGAUGACAGGACUGGCGGUGCGAAUACCGAGCCUAGUCUCACUAGUGACAUUCGUGUUGGCAUCUCAAGUGAUGGGCGAUUGUUCACUCAGUCCAUGUGAGAAUGGUGCUACAUGCCUAGAUGCCUACCUAGAUCCUGGCUAUGUCUGUCUGUGUCCAGCAAACUUCACUGGAGCUAACUGCUCUCAGAUAUCAUAUAGGGGAUGUCAGUUCAGCUUUUCUAACGUCUCAGGCGUCAUCACAUCUCCCAAUUACCCGCAACAACACAACAACUCUGAAAGUUGCCUGUAUCACAUCCGAGUGCCAAGUGCCGUCAACAUCACCCUGAAUGUAUCCUACAUGCACACCGAGAGGCUGAAGGAUUACCUUCAGAUUGGGCCGGGGACCAACGAGUCGGACUGGGUGGAGUAUAGUGGACUGCUGGAUGCGCCGCUGGUCAUCACGUUUCAGACCAAUCAGGCGUUUGUGGCCUGGUACUCAGACUUCAAUGUUAUUCAGCAGGGAUGGGUCAUCCGGUAUGAAACAGAUGGUUUGGAGUGUGAAUGGCCUUCCAACCCAUGUGCACCUGGUUACCGGUGUGUGGAGGGAUUUGCCAGCUAUUCAUGUGAAGAGGUGCUGCAGUGUGCCAGUGAUCCUUGUAAGAAUGGAGGGCUGUGCUUUGAGGGAACAUCAUCAUAUUUCUGUCAGUGCGGUGAAGGCUACACAGGAGAAAACUGUGAAACAGAUGUUGGUUUCUGUGCGAUGAACACCCCUUGUAAGAAUGGGGCGACCUGCAUCAGUCAGGAUGCCACUUCAUUUACAUGUGACUGUGCAAGUGGCUGGACUGGACAAUUAUGUGAUCAAGAUAUUUUGGAGUGUGCCAGUUCUCCCUGUGUGAAUGGAGGUCUCUGCUUCGAGGGAGUCAACUCCUAUUUCUGUCAGUGCCCAGAUGGAUUCAUCGGCAAACGCUGUGAAAAUGAAACCAUAGAAUGUAGGAGUAACCCAUGCCAAAAUGGCGGUUUGUGCUAUGAAGGUACCAGUAGGUACGCUUGUGUCUGCCCAGAUGGCUACAAUGGAACCAACUGUGAAAAUGAUAUCGAUGAGUGUGCAAGCAACCCUUGUAUGAAUGGAGCAACAUGUAAUGAUGGCAUCAACCAGUACAACUGCACAUGUGGCCCAGGAUUCAACGGCACAAACUGUCAAACAGAUAUCCAGGAAUGUGCCAGUAACCCUUGUCUGAAUGGUGCAUCGUGCACUGAGAGCGUCGGUUUCUACUUGUGUCAGUGUGUUCCUGGCUAUGCAGGGGAUAGGUGUGAAACUGACAUUAAUGAGUGUAGCAGCAGCCCCUGUCAGAACAAUGCAACAUGUGUUGACCUGCUGAAUGCUUACAGCUGCAACUGUACCGCUGGAUGGCAAGGGGACAACUGUGAAAUUGAUAUCGAUGAAUGUGCAAGCAAUCCUUGUGUGAAUGGAGCAACAUGUAAUGACGGCAUCAACCAGUAUAACUGCACAUGUGCCCUAGGAUUCAAUGGCACAAACUGCCAAACAGAAAUUCUGGAAUGUGCCAGUAACCCAUGUCUGAACGGUGCGUCAUGCAAUGAGGGGGUCGACUCCUAUUCAUGUCAAUGUGUUCCUGGCUAUACAGGGGAUAGGUGUGAAACAGACAUUGAUGAGUGUAGCAGCAGCCCCUGUCAGAACAAUGCAACAUGUGUGGACCUGCUGAAUGCUUACAGCUGCAACUGUACCACUGGGUGGCAAGGGGACAACUGUGAAAUAGAUACUGCUGAAUGUGCCAGCAAUCCUUGCCACAAUGGAGGUACUUGUGUCGACAGUGUUGGUUUCUAUGAGUGCCAGUGUGCUGAUGGUUACAUUGGAGAUCGCUGUGAAAUAGAUACAUCCCCAUGUGGUAGCAGCCUGUGCAUGAAUAAUGCAACAUGUCGCAACUUGGAUACAUCAUACAAAUGCUUGUGCUCCAUCGAAUGGACCGGAAGUAUUUGUGACGUUGCUGUGGAUGCAUGUGUCAACUCUCCCUGUUUGAAUGGAGGAAACUGCACCAAUUACUACACUCAUUUCAACUGCACAUGUCCCUUAGGAUGGAGUGGCCUGCAAUGUGAAAUAGAAACCAUUGAGUGUUCAAGCCAGCCGUGUUUAAACGGAGGCACAUGCUUUGAAGGCAACAAUGCAUUCAGAUGUAUCUGCUUGCCCGGUUACUCAGGAACAACAUGUGAAGCAGAUAUUGAAGAGUGCUCCAGCAGUCCUUGCCAGAAUAAUGGAACCUGCGUUGAGGGAGUGAAUGGAUACAUCUGCCAGUGUAUGGCAUCACAUACUGGCACACACUGUGAGAUAGAUAUUGAUGAGUGUGCUAGCGAUCCCUGCCUGAACAACGCCACAUGUAUGGAUCAACCAGGGGCCUACCAAUGCCUGUGCACGGCUGGAUAUGAUGGCCAAAACUGUGAAAAUGAUAUCAAUGAGUGUGAUAGUAACCCCUGUCUGAACGGCGCUACCUGCGUACAAGAUUUAGAUCUCUAUACAUGCCAGUGCCCCCUUGGCUUCAACGGUACCAACUGUGAAAUAGAUUUAAAUCCAUGUUUGAGUGACCCGUGUCUGAAUGGCGCAACUUGUUACAACAACUUGACCUCAUACUCCUGCCAAUGCCCCGCAGAAUGGUCAGGAAUGAACUGUGAAACAGAGAUGGAUGAGUGCUUGAGCAACCCAUGUUUGAAUGGAGCAACAUGCAUGGAUCUGUUCGGCAGUUAUGAGUGCAUGUGCAACAUAAACUACACCGGCCCAAUAUGUGAAACAGAAUUAAACGCUUGCAAGAGUGUACCUUGCCAGAAUGGUGCAACAUGCAACAACAUGAGAACCUCCUAUACCUGUGACUGCAUUCGAGGCUACAAUGGAACAAAUUGUGAAAUGGAGAUCAACCCAUGUUUAAGUGAUCCCUGUCAGAACGGAGCAACUUGCAACAAUCUAGUGGAAUCAUACAGCUGUCAAUGCUCUCCAGGUUGGACUGGUGCCAACUGCGAUAUGGUGAUUGACUUAUGUGCCUCCAACCCAUGCCAGAACAACGCUACCUGCACUAAUAACAUCAACUAUUACACAUGCAACUGCACCGUAGGAUGGGCAGGCCCUGUCUGUGAUGUUGUUGUGGACCCAUGUGCAUGCAAUCCCUGUCAGAGUGGUGGUUCCUGUAACUCAUAUCCGGACUACUUCACCUGUGACUGCUUGCCGGGUACAUCUGGUGAUCGAUGCCAGUUUGCCUCAGAUCCAUGCGUUUCUCUACCCUGCCUGAAUGGUGCAACAUGCUCCAGGGGGCAAGACUCUUACCAAUGUGUCUGUACUCCAGGCUGGACCGGCAAUGACUGUAGUGCCAAUAUUGAUGAUUGUGCCGACCAGCCAUGUUUGAACAAUGGAACUUGCACUGAUUUGCAUAAUGCCUAUCAGUGCACCUGUGAGGAUGGAUGGAAUGGCACCGACUGCCAAAUACCUGUCAAUCAAUGUGCUAGCUCACCGUGUCUUAACAGAGGUCUCUGUAAUAACUUCAGGACAUACUACACUUGCAGCUGUGCACAGGGAUUCACGGAUACCAACUGUCAAACAGAGCUUGAUGCCUGUGGCCCUACUAACCCCUGCCUGAAUGGAGCAACCUGUGAUAAUCGCUACACAUUCUUUGUCUGUCAUUGUGUGGAGGGAUGGACGGGAACAAGCUGCGAAAUCGCUGUCGACGAAUGCAACCCCAGCCCAUGCAGCAAUGGAGCAACAUGUAGCAUUCCAUCUCUGGGUUCAUUCGCCUGUGCUUGCACUAAUGGAUGGAUGGGCGAAACCUGUAACAUGGUCGUUGAUCUGUGUACAUCCUCACCGUGUUUGAACAAUGCUACAUGUUUGAAUCAGCAGACAAGCUACGUGUGCCUGUGUGUGCCGGAGUGGACCGGGGAACGCUGUGAGGCUGAGCUGAAUGCCUGUGAUCCUAAUCCAUGUAGGAAUAGGGCCGCCUGUACCAACUACCAUACAUCGUACACCUGUGAGUGUACGGCUGGCUGGACAGGAACUGACUGUGAUAUCGCCAUUGAUCUGUGUAACCCCAACCCCUGCCAGCAUGAGGCUACCUGCUUCAAUCUUCAGACUGAUUACUUCUGCCUCUGCACUGAGCUAUGGAUGGGCAAAAACUGUCAAACAGCGGUGGAUGUCUGUGUUAGUUCUCCUUGUCUGAAUGAUGGCACCUGUCAGAGUACAUCAGGUGUCUAUCGGUGUCUGUGCCCAACAGGCUGGACUGGUGUCAACUGUGAAACAGCUCUGGCGCCUUGUGCAUCCAAUCCAUGCCGGCGUGGCGGUACAUGCAACGACUACGGCACCUACUUUGAGUGUGACUGCGUGCCGGGCUGGAAAGGAAUCCUUUGCCAAACAGCUGAGCUACCAUGUCUGAGUGGUCCAUGCGACAAUGGAGCGGAGUGCUUCAAUAAUGGAGAUUCAUUCCUCUGCAUAUGCCCUCUAGGAUUCAGCGGGCCUACUUGCUCUAUCGAUGAUGAUGAGUGUUUAAGCUCCCCUUGCCUUAACAAUGGCACCUGCAUUGAUGGGCCAUACUCCUACAUCUGUGGUUGCACGACGCGCUGGAUCGGCGAUCACUGUGAGAUAGAACGCGAUGCGUGCAGCGACGACCCAUGUCUGAAUAAUGGUGAAUGUGUCAAUAUGUACACCUAUUACGUCUGCCAGUGUCCACCAGGAUUCUUUGGAAAUCUCUGUGAAUAUGAUGUGAAUGAGUGUUCCAGUAGGCCAUGCCAGAAUGGAGGAACGUGCACUGACAGCAGCAAUGGAUUCAGCUGCACCUGUGAUGUCAAUUGGACAGGGCCAAUGUGUGAAAUGGGUUUGGAUCCAUGUGAUAGUUCACCUUGUGCUAAUGGAGCAACCUGCACCAGCAAUGUGAUAGAGUUUGCAUGUACAUGUGGGCCAGGUUGGAUGGGCAGACUGUGUGAUGAAAACAUUGAUGAGUGUGUGAGUUCACCUUGUCUGAAUGGCGGUACCUGCAUUGAUGCAGUGAAUGGUUACCAGUGUGACUGCUUACCAUCUCGGAGUGGCAAAAACUGUGAACUACAGGGAAGCUGUAUCUUAGACAUGGUGGUACAUCCCAACCAAACUCUCGUUAUCCAGACGCCAAACUUCCCAGCCAACUACAACGACAACCAGUACUGCCGCUGGAUGGUCGCCGGCCCCGAGGGCGCUGUUCUACUCGUCAACACUGCCGAGUUCCUAACUGAGUUGAAUUACGAUUGGCUGACGUACGGCACAGGCGCUGACCUCAACGACCCUGAGUCUGUCGUGCUACAGUCUUCCGGAAGCAAAGGUCCCAUAACCUUCAAGACAACGGGGAAUCAGAUGUGGGUGACGUUCACCUCCGAUCACGACAAGACAGAAACGGGAGUCUCGGUUAAGAUUACUGUGGAGACUGAAAGAGACACAAUGGAUGAAUGCGGUAGUAACCCAUGUCUGAAUGGUGGUACCUGUCUCAAUGGUAUUGAGAAGUUUGCAUGCUACUGUCUGCCUGGAUUCACUGGACCUAUGUGCCAAACUGAAAUCAGUCCCAAUAUGUGCUACAGCAACCCCUGCCCAGCUGAAGCUGAAUGCAUCAGUGAGAACAAGCAGGUCCGGUGUGUGUGCCCCGAAGGGUUCCGACAUCCAUCAUGCUCCACACAGGAGGUUGGAUUGUGUGACAGUUCUCCAUGCAAAAACAACGGACUGUGUACGGAGACAGUUGAUGGACUCAGCUUCAGCUGUGACUGUGCUGCUGGCUGGCAGGGAGCAUUCUGUGAACUAGAUGUUGAUGAAUGCGAAAGCAAUCCUUGUCUGAAUUCCGGCAUCUGUAUGAAUGGGAUCAACCGUUUCACAUGUGUUUGCACGCCUUACUGGACUGGCGUCAUCUGCCACUCUCCUGUGCUAGACCAGCAAUGCCUCAACAACCCGUGUCGGAAUGGAGCAACGUGUGUAGGCAAUGGAGAUACCUACCAGUGUGUAUGUCAGCCAGGCUAUCAGGGUCUCCUGUGUAGUAUUGACAUCAAUGAAUGUGAGAGCAAUCCAUGUCAAAAUGAAGGCAACUGUGUGAAUGGUAUCAAUGAGUAUAUCUGCCAGUGUCCGUAUGGUGCUGUACAGGGGAACAACUGUGAAAGGACCAUUUGUGAGACUCAGCCAUGUCAAAAUGGUGGAAUCUGUGAUGAGGCUUCUCCUUUCAUCUUUACUUGCAGCUGCCCCAUUGGGUUUGUUGGGCAGUACUGCGAAGUCCCAACUUCUAAGACGUGCGAGAGCAGCUACUGUAACUACAAUGGUAUUUGUGUGGUGACUGAGCAGCAGGUCAUGUUCUGCAGUUGCAACAAGGGCUACAGUGGAGAGUUCUGUGAGACAGCCAGAGAUGCCUGUGAGGGCCACCAGUGUCAGAAUGAUGGUACAUGCUUUGCCACCAGCCUAGAGGACUACGUGUGUCUGUGCACAGAGGGAUACGAGGGACAAUUCUGCCAUCGAGAGAUUGACGAGUGUGCAUCCAACCCAUGCAUCAAUGGCGGCGUCUGUAAGGAUCAAUUCAAGGCAUUCUCCUGCUCCUGCCAAGAAGGUUACAUCGGAGACCUUUGUAAUACAAAGCUGGUCAUCCAGAAUGAGACCGGUGCCCUGCAAGGCAGCAGCUUGGAGAUAGAGUGGAUUAUCAUCAUCAUCCUUCUGGCGCUCUUCACUCUCUUCCUGAUGGGUCUCCUGUGUCUUUGUUGCUCUUGGAGGCGGAAGACUACCAAUGAAGCAUAGAGGCACUUAUCCUGGUCACCAAGAGUCCUCAGGAACUAUCCGGUUCGUUAGU